AUGUUUUAUACACAUGCUAUAUUAACUAAACGUGGUCCAUUAGCACGUCUUUGGCUUGCAGCACAUUGGGAUAAAAAAUUAACAAAAGCACAAAUAUUUGAAACCGAUAUACGUCUUAGUUGUGAAUCAAUACUUGAACCAUGUUUAAAAUUAGCCUUACGUACAAAAGGACAUUUAUUACUUGGUGUUGUAAGAAUAUAUUCACGUAAAACAAAAUAUUUAUUAGCUGAUUGUAAUGAAGCUUUUAUUAAAAUAAAAAUGGCAUUUCGACCUGGUAUUGUUGGAAUUGAAGGUACAAAUAAUCAUAUUAAUCAAGAUUCUGAUACAAGAGAAGUUUCAAUAGCUGCAAUAACAUUACCUGAAAAUUUUCAUGAUUUUGAUUUAAUUGAUCUUAAUAUUGAUUAUAUUGAUGAUCCAUCACGAUUUCAUAUUCAUCAAGCACGUGCAGAAGAAAUUACAUUAAAAGAAGAUUUUAUUAGUGUACCUAUGCCAGUUGAUGAUGAUUUUGGUGAUACGAAUGGAUUUGAUGAACCUGAAUUAUUUCGUAAACAACUUCAACCAUCACUUCAUUUGAAUAGACAAAAUUCAUCAAAUAUAGAUUUAGAUAAUACAAAUAUACGUAAAGAUCAAAGUAUUGCACGACCAUUCAGCGAUGAUCCAUUUGCAUUGGAUGGAUUUGGAGAUUUUGCUGCACCUGCUUCAGUAAUUGGUAUUGGUGGUGAUAAUUCAAAUUUAUCAAAUGAAAAAGAUCAAUAUGAUCAUGUUAUGUCACCAUUUCAUCAAGAUGAAAAUGUGCCUGAACUACCAGCAAUUCAUGAUCAUGAAGCACCAAUUCGUGAACAAAAUCAAGCUGAUGAUGAUAAUCGUAUGGAUAUUGAUGCUAUAAAUCAAGAUUUACAAGCUAAUCCAGGUGUUGAUGAUACAACACUUGUAUCAAAUGCUUCAGAUGAAUUUAUUUUACCACCUAUAUCAACAACCGCACAAACACCUGCAACUCGACAAGCUAUAAAACGUAAACGAAAAUUAGUUGUUGAUGAAGUUAAAGAAAUUGAUAGUACAUCAAUGAAAACACAAUUAAGUGAUACAACAGAUAUUGUUGGCGUACUUGAAUUAGCACCACCAACACGUCGUUUAAUGCAUUUAAAAGAAACCGGUGGAAUUGAAAAAUUAUUUUCUCUUAGUGCUACAUCUAUAUAUUCAAAAACAUUACAACAAUUAAUCACACGUAAUAUGGUUACAAAAUCAUUAGAUCAAAUGCCACCUGAUAAUUAUCAAAUUCAACAUGAUCUUGCUAUGGAACAACUUGAACGUGAAAAAGAUGAUACAUCAAUUGAACAUAUACGUGGUGCACAUCAUCAUUAUCUUGAAGUUUUAGGUCAUGAUUCAUCAAAUCGUUCUAAAAAACGUAGUUUAUCACCAUAUGAUGAAUUAAAUAAUGAUAAACGUCAACGUUUAGAUACAAUUUUACCAGAUGAUUCAUUAUUUUUUCCACCAAUGACAACAUCAAUGGAUAAUCUUAUAGAUGUUAUACCUGGACCAAUGUCACCAACACGAAAAAGUGGACGUAAAGUUCAUGAACUUAAUCAAACACCAUUAUCACCAUCACGUACACCAGUUAAUACACGACGUAAAAAAGGUAUGGGCCAUUUAACAAAAGAAAAUCAUGAAGAACAAGAAGAUGAUGAUGAUGAACAUGGACAAACAACAACAGCUCAAGAAGAUUUUGAAUCGGGUAAAAAAUUAAAUCGUCGUGCAAAAAUCAUGCUCAAUGCAUUUGAACGUGCAUUUGAUUCAGCUGAUGGACUUUCAUUUCAUGAUCAUUUAUCAUCGGGUAAUCCAAAUUAUCAUACAAGAAAAUUAACAGCACAAAAAUUUUAUACAUUAUUGGUAUUAAAAAAAAUACAAGCUAUUGAUGUUGAACAAAAUCAAGCAUUUGAAGAUAUUACUGUAACACCUGGUGUAAAUUUUCAUCAAUAUAUAACAAGUGGUGGAAGAUGA